AUGCUGCGCCAAGGAGCGGGCGCCCGGGGCUCCCGGCUCCCGGCGACCGCGGCGCGCUGCCUCCGCCGCCCGCUGCCCGCUGCCCGCGGCGAGAACGGACGAGAAUUGGGGACUUGUUGGGGAGGCGAGCGCCUGGGAACCCGGAGGCCUGGAUCCGGGCCGAGAGUGGAACGGAGUCGCCGCCGUUGCCGCGGCCGUGCCUCCUGCGCCCGCCGGGCCGCCCGGCCUCUCGGCGCCUUCGCCCCGCGCCCCCAGCUCACUCGCUCCCGCGGCGCCGCAGCGGCUUCUCCUCCUCCUCUUUCGCCUCCUCCUCUUCCUUCGCUUUUUCUCCUCCUCCUCCUCUUCCUCCUUCUCCUCCUCCAGUUCUCCCUCCUCCUCUUUCCCCACCUCCUCCCCCUCGGCCACCGCCUCCUCUCCACCACCAUCAUUCCCUCCGGGGCACCCCGGUCUCUGCAGAGCCCUCGGUCGGCGCCGCCUCCUCUGUGGCCCCCUGGAUUCCCCAGCCUGCCGAGCCCGGGCUUGGGGGUACAGACGGACGCGCGGACACUACAGAUUCCCCGCGCCCAGCGCUUCCGCGCUGCUGCCCUCCGCAGCCCCGCGUCUGGGGAGCUGGAAUCGCCCCGGGAGCCCUCGAGGUUUCAGCUGCAGUCCUGCCCUUCUGGCAGCUUCUGGCCACCACGAGAGAAUCAGCAUCACCACGUCCAGCUGAUGUCAUUCCAGAUCACAGCAAAGGAAUGUGAAGUAUCAGUCAGCCCAAGUGAUCUUUUCGGGAGCAUCUUCCUCAUGUCAUGAGACUCUUAGAAAUUGCAAAAGUGCUUAGGAGUCUACAGAAAAAUCUCAGCCAACCCUGUGGCUCUGAGAUCCCGGUCCUGUGCAUCCUUGCCCCUGCCAGGUUACCUGAAGAAUGGCAGGUCUUUAUCUGUCUUCUGACUGCGGUAGCUCACUGCAGACCACCCACGGACCAGGCUCCGCACUGAGACCAAUUAGGGCAGAACAGUACAACUUCCAAGGUGUUCACUUGGUCUGGCCCCAGAAACACAUGGAGUGGGCACACGAGCCUCUCUGUGGCUGUGCAAAGCAAGUCCAGAUGGCACGAGAUGCCAAGAAAUCCUGGGGUUACCCCUUGGGGUGCCCCCUCCAAGGGCAGGCACAGCCCAGGCCUGGUACACUUCCGGAUGGCUGUCUGAAUGAGCCCAGAACCACCAGCCUGUAAAGAAAACACAGUGAAUUGCUGUUAGAUCCUGUCAACUUUAAUGUGCUCCCAUAGUAUUAAAAACACAUCUGCAAGGAAACUUUUGACUCUUCAAAGGCUCCCUACAGGCAAAAAUUUCCCUUAAGCCUCAUUCAGGAGGAAGACAGAGAAGAAGACAUCAUGAAGUUUGAGCGAGAUAUUGGGACAAAUCUGAAGUCAACCAGAGAGAUGGGGGUGGAGAGACCAGGACCAGAGGCUCAUUACUCACACCAGGUUUCUGCCAGAGGAUACAGAUGGGGACUGUGUGCCCGAGGACACUGUCCAGAAGUUAAGAGCAGGACGGCUCCAUACAGUUGGGCAGGUUGUGCAAGGCAGCUGGGCACCCUCCCCUCCCCAGCAAGGAGGUGCCAAUCACCUCUUAGAUAUGGUAGAUUUAUAUAUUUAUUGCAUUUCUCUAGACUGGGAUAAAAUGUCUAAUAAUCGAUGUAUUAUAACACUUUUCCAACAGAUAGAAGUAACAUGUCUUGGGGAAGAAGCUCCUCUUUCUAAUCUGCCCAGAGGUGCUCUGUGACUUGUGAUAACCCUGAGAGAAAUUACUCUUAUUUGGGAAGCCUGGGCAGUGUUUGGAUAUUGGUGUAUAUGGCAGAUUCCAUGUUUGUCACACAGAUGCCAAGCUCAACUUCAUGUAAUCACAGGGAACAUAAAUCAACAAGGAGAAUAUUUCUGUACCCAUCAGAUUAACACAAGUUGAAAUAAUUGAUAAUAUCCUCUGUAGUGAAGCUGCAGGAAAACACACACUUUCACGCACUGAUGGUGAACAUAUAAAUCGUACAGACUCUUUAAGGGAGAAUUUGGCAGUAUUUAUUAAAGAGCAUGUAUUCUUCCACUUAGUACUUUCUUUCCCUUCUAGUAAUCCACCUUGGGAAAACUGUCACAUAUGUGAACAGAGAUACAUGGUACAAAAAUUAUUGUUGUUAGUUAAGUCAUGUCCAACUCUUUUGCCACCCCAUGGACUAUAGCCCACCAGGUUUCUCUGUCCAUGGGAUUUCCCAGGCAAGAAUACUGAAGUGGGUUGCCAUUUCCUUCUCCAGAGGAUCUUCCUGACCCAGGGAUCAAACCCGCAUGUCCUGCAUUGGCAGGCGGGUUCUUUACCACUGAGCCACCAGGGAAGCCCCAUUUACAAAAGUACUCCUGUAAUAAUGAAAAUUUAGGAAUGAGUUUAACAUCCAGAAAUAGGGCAAGAAGGUAUAAACUGGAGUAGUUGGUCCAUGGAAUAGGCAGGGGUGAAAAAUCCUGGAAUCAGUUCUCAUAAACUCCUAUGAGUACAAACUAAAAGGAGAAUUAUAUUUCUCAUUGGCCCCAUGUGAACAUACAGGGAAAGGUCUGAAUAGACACUCUUCAAUCUGUUGACAGUGGUCGUGGCUAGGAAGAGAAGCCAACUUUUGCUGUAUUUGUUCAAACUUUCAUAAAUGAGCCCUCUUCCUUCUAUCCUAAAGAGUCGAGUGGUUUAGCUCAUUGAACUCUGAGGUUGGACUGAUUUGAAUUCAAACCUUGGUCUUUCUGUUUUCUUAAGUGUCUGACAGUUAAUGAUCCAAGCAUUAAAUGAGAAACAUCCAUAUAAUAUGCUUAAUGCAAUACAUAGCAUAUGAGACUGGCUCAAUUAGCAUUGCUUGUAUCCUGGUAUCUCUUCUCUCUCCUUGCCCCCAACCCUUUCAAAGCCUGAGUAGACACUAAUAAGUGUUUGAUGAAUGAAUAAGAUGGCUCAUGGUAAGAUUUUUUCUGGGUGUAAAGAAAUAUGAAGAGAAUAGGCUUAGAGAGGCAGAUCUUACCAUUUUCACGUUUCCUCCAACUCAAAGUGUUUUUCAGACUGUAGAUUACACUCAAUUGGUGGGCUAUCAGUCAAUUUAUGGGACAGCAACUGACAUUUUAAAAAUACAGAAUAGAAAAUAUCAAAGUGUAAGAAAGAAGCACUAUUACAUGAACUUCAUUUCAUGGAUGUGUGUACAAGGUUGCAAGGUAAGAUUACUCAUGGUAAAAAUUACAUGGGGAAACCCUGCUUCAAGUGCAGCCUUAUUCUAUUACAGUGUGAGCAUGUGGUUCCCAGCCUCUGCUGCCCAAUUCUCUGCUAAACAUCUUGGGCCAGGGGGAAGCAUCAUCUGGUAAAGCAGCCACGUGAACCUAUUGGAUAGACAAAGGUAACAGUGUCCACAUGACAGCAUUCUCUCUUCCUGCCUCCCAGUAUUCAUCAGGAUGAUCCUGACACUUGGGAGAAUAGGAAUCCCCAGCCCCAUAUGGGUUUCCUAGGGCUGCUAUAGCAAAGCACCACAAACUGGGUCAGACAGUAAAGAAUCCGCCUGCAAUGUGGGAGACCUGGGUUCGAUCCCUGGGUUGGGAGGAUCCCCUGGAGAAGGGAAAGGCUA